GUCUUUCGAUUUUUUAAUUGUUUCAACUUGAACAAUGAUGUGGUUUUAACUUUAGCCGGAAUACCGACCUCGGAUCAGGACCUUCUUGUCCGGUAUAUAUUCGAAGACAAACAAUACAACUCACUAGCACUACCAGUCAUAUCGAACAAUGAUACUGUGUUAGUUAAAGUAGGACUGGCGAUGAUACAAAUUGUUCAUUACCCUUAUUUCAAUUACAAGUCGUGGCACGACUACAGAUUAGCCUGGGAUCCUAGUGAGUUUGCUGGGAUUCAGUCCAUCAAUAUUGCAGCCCACAAACUUUGGAAACCAGAUAUCGUCGUACUGAACAAUGUCGAUGGAGAAUUUGAAGCAAGGUGGAAGCCAAAUAUGAUACUACACAGCAACGGAGACGUGCUCUGGAUACCUCCAGCUAUUUUUAAGACCUCGUGUGCAAUCGACGUCCGAUUCUUCCCAUUCGACCAGCAGACUUGUCACAUGGAUCUCGGGAGUUGGACCUAUACGAAUAAUCAGAUUAAAUUCUACAACAACCAAACAACUAUCGACUUGUCUGACUACGUAGCGAACGGAGGUUGGGAUUUUCUGGAGGCCUCAAACCGUCCAAUCAGUGCCCGGGUGACCUUCAAGAUCGUACUUCGCCGAAAGCCUCUUUUUUACAUUACAAAUCUUAUAAUCCCCUGUAUUUUGAUUGUCCUCUUAAGCGUCUGUGUCUUCUAUCUACCCACUAAUGCCGGUGAGAAAAUCACCUUGUCCAUUAGCAUUUUGGUCACAUUAGUAGUAUAUAUGAUUCUGGUAAGUAAGAUACUUCCUUCUGGCCCAAAAACCAUACCUCUUUUAUCGCAGUUUUUACUCUUCACUUUUGCAAUGACCUUUCUCGCACUUUGUAUUACUGCUGGAGUUAUUAUCAACUUGUACCACCGCAAUCCCAAAAAUCACCCGACUAUGUCAAGGUGGGUUUUCCGAAUGUUCAUCGAAUGGCUCCCGGUGGUGCUAUGUUUUGUGGACCGCAUCGUGAGGCGCGUCGCUGCUGAAGAGAGGGAGAGGCAGGUACGGACAAUAUUGGUGAGUGAAGACUGGAAGUACGUGGCAUCGAUUAUUGACCGAGUUCAACUCAUUAUUUUCAUAUGCGCGAUUGCCGGCGGAACACUGACCAUUCUUAUGAACGCACCAUACAUUUUCUCUGAAGUCGACCAACAGUCCAUCAUUAAGAAAUUCUCAUAUAAAGACCGCAACUAG